GGAGUUAUUUCGAAAUAUAUGAACUACUUUUGAGUGACCCCGGGUACGAAUUUAAUAUCCUUCUGCAUAAUGCGUACAAUAGCAUAUGGAGUUUGGACUUCAAGUUUAUUUGCUGUUGCAAAAUAAACCUUCUAUAUGUGAACGAAUUAAAACUACUUAAUAGAAACAUUUUAGUGGCAACAUCGGUUUUUCAUUGCAGUGACAACGGCAAACAAAAGUGGAAACGCAUUCCAUUGAAGAAAACGAAUUGUUGUAUAAUUUUCACGGUAUGGAAAAGCUAUACACUGCUUUUCUGAUUCAACAUUUAGCAGAGUUGAGCGCAAUGGUCACCACACAAAUCCUAGUCCUGAUGUUAUCUGUGACGUCAGGAUUCAGCUACACUUGCGAAAAGACAGCACGAGUCUGUGAAACGUCACUGGUUAUUGAACAUUACUUAACAAUGACUAGUCCAGGAAACCGAGCAGUAUAUCCCAAACAGGGUAAACUAUACAACUACAAAGUAACCAAUUCUUCUCAGGCUCAACAGGUGCCCGUCAACGAGAUCGUAACGGCAGACGGAUGGGAAUCAAAAAGACUAAUAGUUGUAGCGAAUCGAACACUCCCAGGCCCUGACAUCAUUGUAUACGAAGGACAAACUGUCGUGAUACAUGUAAAGAAUCAUUUACACUCAGACUCCGUCACGGUUCACUGGCACGGUUUACACCAAGAAAAUACCCCUUUUAUGGAUGGAGUCCCUUUUGUGUCCCAAUGCCCCAUUGAAUCAGGACAAACAUUCACAUAUAAGUUUAAGGCUUAUCCUCCCGGUACUUUUUGGUAUCACUCCCAUGCAGGAUCACAGCGCAUCGAGGGUUUGUUGGGUGCGUUUGUUAUCCGUAAAAAUGAGCCUAAUCCUCUUCCAGAACACAUCAUGCAAAUUCAAGAAUGGAAUCAUGACUGGGAUGCUGACAUGGGAUAUCAGUUAAUGACCUACGGAAUCAUAGAAAACAGAACCAAAUUUCAACCUUCGCAAUCCAUUGACGGUAGUUUCUUCAGUCUUUUUAAGGCACAUGCAGGGCUGAUCAAUGGUAGAGGACGAUACUAUACAAAUUUGAAUGAGGGAAUUCACAACGAGGCUCCACUAGAAGUUUUCCAGGUGACAGAUGGUACCACUUAUCGAUUUCGUGUGAUCGGUGUGGGGGCUCUUUAUCCAUUCAGAAUUUCUGUUGAUGACCACGCUAUGACAAUCAUAGAGUCGGAUGGAUAUCCUGUGCAGCCCACCUUUGUUGACUCUUUCGUUAUUAACCCUGGCGAGCGAUAUGACUUUACAAUAGUAGCCAACCAGUCGGUUGGAAAUUAUUGGAUUCGUGGGAAAACGUUGGAGGUUACUCGAACAACAAUCGCUGAAGCUAUUUUAAGAUAUGACGGAGCGCCCAAGGAAGAUCCCACAACAACUCAAAAAAAUUGCACAGCAGAAAACAAAUGCAUUGUCUUAAAUUGUCCUUUUACCUAUUUUCCUGAAAACGAACACAUGGAAUGUGUUCGAUUUGAUCAGCUUCGUGCAGCAGCGUCGGACGAUCCAGCUCCUUCAGUUAUUGAAGGAAAAUUUCAGGAAUAUUUUUUGAAUUUUGCUUUUCCGGGCACUGAUACCUUUCCUGGAUCUGUCAAUGGCAAGUCGUUAGAAUUACCCACCGUAUCUGGUCUAACACAACCACAAGAAAUUAAAUCUCAAUGUGAACAGGCGGGGUGUGGAGAACAGACACUAUGUAAGUGUACGCAUUCCAUUAAUCUGCGUCAUGGCGACACAAUUCAGAUGGUGUUCUUAAACAUGGGUGUCGGCUUGGGAUGGGCACACCCAGUACAUAUGCACGGACAUUCUUUUUAUGUUUUGAAAAUGGGGUAUUCAACAUAUGAUGAAACUACUGGUAAAAUUAUAUCACAAAAUGCAGACGUUGAUUGUAGAGGUGGUGUGCCUCAACAGAAAAGUUUCUGUAACGAUGCCACCUGGAGGAAUCAAUCUUGGCUGAACGGAAACGUGCCUGGCUUAGAGCUUCAGAACCCACCUCGUAAGGAUACAGUUAUCGUCCCUAGCGGAGGUUAUGUUGUGGUGAGAAUCAAGGCCGAUAACCCUGGAUUGUGGAUAAUGCACUGUCAUAUUGAACUUCACUCUUCUGAUGGGAUGGCUAUGCUUCUGAACGAAUCUUUUCCACGUCUCCCCAAAAGUCCUUCAAAUUUUCCAACUUGCGGAAAUUUUGAUUUAUCCGAUACCCUGGAAAUUGAUAAGAAUGGCAUUUCUAAUCCAGAGAUGCAAGAAGAUACAAUCCUUAUGGAUAGGUUCUACGUAGUUGUUGGCAUUCUGGCGGGAAUUGUUCUCUUGCAGUUCCUGGUUAUUAUAGGCAUGCACAUCUCAUCAAAAAGAAAUAAAUCCGGAGAUGGAGACAAAAAACAACAUUCAAAUGGCGCCACAAAUUCUGCUUUUAGUUAAAAGAGAGAGAAAGACAGCGAGUAAAAGCGAAAGAGGACGUUUUCAAAAAAAAAAAACAAAAAAAAAAACAACAGCAAAAAAACAUUCAUCCAGCGGGAUUUGUUAAACAAGUAAUGUUUUAUGGAUAUGUGUCCUUAAUAUAUUUUAUAUGUAUUUUAUGAUGCAACUGCUUUUUGAGCUGGAUUUUCAUUUGAUAGCGUACUAACGUUUGAAACGAGUGUACAUUACGGGCAUCAUCAUGAACAAUAUACCUCAUAACUGUGCGUACCAUACUCUUGUACACCUGUACAUUAUACCCCAUAACUGUACGUGUCAUAACUUUAUGCACCAGACCACAAAAAGUAGAUAUAAAGUAGAACUCUUUCAUAUAACGGGAGAUCAUAGAGUACUCUUCCACGAAUUACAUAUCCAUGAUACUGUACCAUCUUUGUUAUUUUUAUUUCCUGCGAUUGUCAAAAUCUCGGGCCUCGCUGAUGUCCAUGGAAGUCUUUCCUGUGGGAUGUCCGGGAUUUAGAACUUGUAACGAAAUAUGUUUUAUAUUAGCAUGUGCGUUUUAACAAAACCGAAAUCCCUUCAAUCCAAAUUAUGAAUAUCAUGUAAGAGUAUUUUCUUCAAAAGUAUGUUUUCUUCAUAAUAUGGCACUGUGUGUGCGUGUGUCUCAUGCUAUUAUUUUUUCUUUUCUUUUAUAUCAUGUAUUCAUAUUUAGAUGAUAAUUUUAUUACUAAUUAGGUGUGUCUUAUGUUAUGUUUUUCCCCUUUCCUUUUAUAUCACAUUCAUAUUUAGAUACUAAUUUUAGAUGUUAAUUUUAUGUUUGUGUAUAUGUUUUAAUGCAGGACCACAAUGGAAACUAGCUACAUGUAUAUGCUAAUUUGUGUUAUCCGGGAUAAAUAAAGGCUAUUAUUAUUAUC